AUGUCAGCCCCUGGACAACAGGUAGCUCAAGCUCCUCCUAUUGCUUCACCUGAGGCGCUGGCCGUCGCUCAGUUCCUUCGCAACCAAGAUCUCAAGAGUAGGACAUGUAUUCUUCAGGGUCAGCGCAAAGACCUCUUCAAGGUUAAACGUGCUGUUAGAGCCCUCCAGAGCGACAACUACACAAAGGCUUCCACAAAGAACACUCUCCUUCCAAAAGUCACCAAUCCCAACGAGGCGCUGCAGGCAUUCUCGCUUCUUCCUCGCAAUCUCCUCGCUCUGCGCGUCUCUAAAAUCGAACCAGGCUCUGAUGGACAUCCAGCGGGCAAGCCCGGCAAAAGAGUCAAGGGCUUGUGGACCGUCAAGAUCGAACAACACCAGGAAAUGAGGGAUGAGCUUUAUUAUACUUGGUUUUACGAACCUCGCAGUUGGACACAGACCUUAAUGGCCAUUGGAGUUAUCCUCGUCUUAUUGCUGGUCGUUAUGUUCCCGCUCUGGCCGCCAAUGUUGAGAUUGGGCGUGUGGUAUCUUUCAAUGGGCAUGCUAGGCCUCAUUGGAUUGUUCAUCGCAAUGAGCAUAUUCAGAUUGAUUCUAUUCGUCAUUACGAUGUUUGUAACUCCGCCGGGUCUCUGGUUGUAUCCCAAUUUAUUCGAGGAUGUCGGAUUCUUCGACAGUUUCAGACCUCUCUGGGCUUGGCAUAAGGUUGGAAAGGAAAAGAAAGUUAAGAAGAGCGUCGCCGGAGAAAUACAGUCAGAUGCCGUUGCCGAAAAAUCUGCUACUUCAAACACUACUGCCUCUCCGGCUCCUGGGUCUCCACCCAAGGCUGCUGCACCGCCAAAGCCUACAGUAGAGGAGGGUUAG